AUGCGUCGGCCGCGCUGCCUCGCGCCGUUUAUCCCACUGGUGCUGCUCCUGCUGCUGUUGGCGAUGCACUGCACCGGUGGGUGCCUCGCCGCCGCUUCCGCCCUGAGGCACCGCUGCAACUUCGACGAGGUGAUGCGGAAAAGAGGUCCGCUGCCGACUGCGGUGGUGCGUGAGCUGCCGCGCAAGGGACAGGGCACGAUGCAGGCGUACACCGCCACCACAAAGGAAGAUGAAGGUGACUGGAAGCCCAUCCGCAUCAGGGUCUUUAUGGAGGAUCUGAAGAACGAUAGUCGGAGGAGGGGGGGGAAGAGGUAUUGCGAAAAUGCCGGGGAAGACUACACUAAUUACUUGGGGCACAAAGUAACGUGCAAAAGUGAGCAUGUAUUGACAAAACAAAAGAAGGAACUGUACGAAAAGACGAUUAUCCCUGAAGCCGUCAAACUGCACGCGGAGCGGCUCCUUGUCAAGCCGAUGGCUGACAAAAUAACUCUGACCAAGAGGUUUUACAGGAUUGUGCCAGCACUUUACAAUUCCAACUGA